GUUACCUUUGCUACGUCAUACAAAAAUACGGAAGUAACGGCUAAACAAAACAGCACGAGCCGUUGAGAUGAUGGAUUUAAACCAAUUUGUCUUUAAUUACCGACUGCUGUGUCCUAUGGACAGGUACUCAGUCCUGAAAGUCAUCGGGGAAGGGUCUUUCGGUCGGGCUUUGUUAGUCCGCAGUGAGAGCAGUCAUGAGAAAUAUGUGGUCAAAGAAAUCCAGCUACCAAAGAGUCAGACCAAAUUAGAAAAUUCAAGGAGAGAAGCUGUGCUGCUGUCUAGAAUGAAACAUCCAAACAUUGUGGCCUUUAGAGAAGCACUGGAAGCUGAUGACCUCCUUUGGAUUGUUAUGGAGUACUGCAGUGGAGGAGACCUGCUCCAGAGGAUCCAGAAACAGAAAACUACACAGUUCUGUGUUGAUGAUAUUGUGAGGUGGUUUGCUCAGAUGUGUUCUGCUGCACAUCAUAUCCACGAAAAGCGGGUUUUGCACAGAGAUCUGAAAUCCAAGAACAUUUUCCUGACAGAUAAUGGGACAAUCAAGCUUGGGGACUUUGGCUCAGCGUGUAUUCUGAACAGCUCAAAGGCUUACGCUCACACAUAUGUUGGGACACCGUAUUAUGUGGCUCCAGAAAUCUGGGACAACAAGCCAUACAACAACAAAAGUGAUGUCUGGUCUCUGGGAUGCGUUCUCUAUGAGCUCUGCACUCUGCGACACCCAUUUCAGGCCUCCAGCUGGAAGAGUCUAAUUCUCAAGGUGUGUCGGGGAGCGUACCCUCCCCUCCCAAAGCACCUGCCGUAUGAGCUGCAGUAUUUGAUCAAACAGAUGUUCAAGACAAACCCAAAAGACCGGCCAUCCCUCCACACCAUCCUGACAUCUCAUCGUGUUUCCAGACUCCUGCGCACACAUCUGCCUUCCCAGGCGAUAGAGACCGAGCGACAGGGGAGACGUACGGGUCGAUGGAACAGGGAAGAGGGACAGAAGGUGGCUGAUCUUCUUGGACAGAAAAGUUUAAUAAAAACAUCAACAUUUGAAGGUAUGGAGUCACUUGAAGCUCCCUGUGAAAGCAGAGACCCCGGUCCUCGAAAACAAUGGGCGGCCCAGCCUUCAGACAGCGUACUGAACAUGUUGACUAAUGCCAGCCUUAUCUCAUCUGAAAGCACGGCAUCGACCACUCAGUCUGCUUCAGAUGUGUCGGAGGAGGGCCAGCAGAGGAGACGAUGGGAGACAGAUCCUCCUGAAAGGCUUCUGAGUCUGUUGGGGAAAGCACAGCUAAAGAGGGCCUUCAGCACCUUUUUGAUAAACAAAGGUGAGGAUCCUCUUAUGGGACCUCUCUCUCAGGUGCAGGGUGAUGACACCGAUGGUCCUGAGCCAGAGGUGGAAGUGGAUGAGGAGCGGCUGCAGCCUCGAUCUGAUGACGAGGACACGGACUUUGAGGAAGACUCCCCAUGUGACUGGAUGGAUGAAGUUGAGAGAAUUGUUUCAGAAAACUAAAGACUCAGUCCUCUACAAACUACACAAUCACAUUUAUAUUCAUGUAUGAUUAAACACUAACUGUUUACACUCGCCAAAAUCAGCUCAUUGAUCAGUGUUGGACCAAGUAUUUCUAAUAAAUGAUGAUUGUUUAAUCUCAGGUUUCAUCAAAGUUUACAAAAAACAUGUCUGUGAACUUGUUGCACUGCUCCAACUUCAAUAUGAUGAAGAUUUGUUCCUCUUGUUGUCAUAAAACCUCUUUGUCACA